GGGUCAGGCAGCGUCUGUGGAGGGAAAUAGUCGAGAUUUCGGGUCGACAUUUCGGCCCUUCAUUAGGACCGGAUCGGAAACCAAUGCGAACAGAAAACGGUGUUAUUUCGUCUGUUAUAAGUUGUUAUCCCGGACCUGAAAUGGUUAGCAAAGGAUGCCAAAAUUUGACCUAACUUUUUCGCAACCGUAAGAAAUAAAACGAUUGAGACAUUCAGUGACAAUUCCGUACCUUUAUAAAUAACAGACAGUUUAACAUUGCUGCUGCGGUGUCCGAUUUGAGCAGCUGUGGAUCUGAUGACCAUCAAAAGCCACGUCUGUUCCCUGGGGUGGGAAUUCUUGGCUCCACAGUUCUGAAGCAUCUCAUGCUCCAAAAAAUACGGUAGGCGAAGGAUUCCACGCGCUCCCUCAGAGCCGCUCCAGUUGCUCAGAGAAGAGACUGAAAAAUGGGUUGGUUGCUGAACAAGUUCAACAAGACUGGAGCGCUGAUCACCUGCCAGGGGCACAAACCUCCACCUCACCGACCUUGUUGUGGAAUGCGGAUAGCAAGAUGCAGUUAUAAGCCAGGUGUUUCAUCAAUGCACUCCUGACAACACAAAAGCCUCAACAUCUGGGAAGGCGACACCAAGGGAAAGGCUGCGUUGGAUUUUUGGCUUCGCCUCUUGUCUGGGACCGGGAGCGGGACUGCUGAGAGAGUUGGGAGCGGCGGGAGGGGUAGCAAUAUGUCGGAAGAGGCAGGGUCCGAGUGCCCCGUUUGUUAUGAGAAGGUGUCUCGCCAGAACCAGUCGCUCAGGACUCUGACUUGCAACCAUAUCUUCUGCCACGACUGCCUGGUCAAGACGAUCAUCAACCAGGAGGGGCAGCCCAAGAAGGUGGUGUGUCCCGUCUGCCGGCACGUCACCUUCCUGCACAGAAGGAGCUUGGGCUGGAUCGCCAAGAGCAAAGAGGAGAAGCAGACGCUAGAGAUUCCGCUGUCGCCCACCUUCUCGGAGCCGGGGAGCCCGCCGCCCGAAUCUCACGGGGCACUCCCUCCGCCUCAACCCUCGCUCCUGCGCCGCUUGUUCGGCUCCUGCCCGCGGACUUUAUCCUCGGCCCGGAAUCCAGCACUAGGCACCAGCCAGAUUUUCGUGAUCAGCGGUCGGGGCAGGCCGAUGAGCGAGGAGGAGGUGCGGGCUCCCGGCGAAGCGGUGGUCUUGGAGCACCGGCGCUGCAGGCUGCGCUGGGUGCUGGUGCUGCUCUGCUUCAUUAUCAUCGGGGCCGUGGUCGCUGCCAUCCUGCCCUGGGUCACCUCCUUCAAGUGAAGUGGCGCCGAGGACCCCCACGCCUGCGGUGGCAGGUACUGUACCUGUAAACUUUCAUUCACAAGACGCACGUUUGCAAAAAAAAAACAAAAAGAGGAUUAACGUGGAGCUGUGCUCACCUGUUCUAGUUUUGCUCUACUUUCCAAGAAAGUACUUCUUCGGCAACCCCUUGAGAGGCAUGGGCCGGUUACAGGAUAUACAAAUUGCACUUGUACAGGACUCUUCUAAA